AUGGUCGUUACCUCCGUGGCCAGUCCCGGUGGGCUCGCAGUCCAAAAGCCGCUGGCAGCCGUCGCAGGUCCGCCGAUAAUCUCCCCUGACGGGGACUGCUUCCCACGUUCGCCGCCUCGUCUAUGUCCGACUUUCGCCAGAUUCUGGCAGAUGACGGAUGGCGUUUUCGUACUCAAAGAUCACAGAUACUCCUUCGUGGUGGUAGUACAAAUCAUUGCCCGAAGAGGAGGACCACAAUCCAGGACAUCGAGUUUAUCGGCGCCGUUAGCAAACACCGAGUUGCGCGGAGCUUCAUGA